AUGCUUCCACCCUCAGACCCAUCACCCCCCUCCCACCCCCAACCCCAACCUCAAACCUCCCCAUCCCCAUCCCCAUGCCCUCGAUCCCGACGACCCCCCCUCCCCCUCGAACUCCACACCUCCAUCCUCCACCACAGCCCCGCCGCGCCCGCCUGGCCGCACCUCGCCUGGCUCUGGCGCAGCUGCCGCUCAGCCAGCACACUCACCCGCGCCGCGGCCGAGCAAGUCUUCAUCGACCGCCACCUGCGGCGGCAGCCGCGGGCGGUGCAGGUGCUGUUCCCGCUGGGCGCGCACGCCGUGGUGGUCGUGGCGGAAGAAGGCGGGGGCGAGUGGUCCAGCACGACGGUGUAUGACCUCGAGGUGCCGAUGGGGUUUGUGGGAUUUGAGGAUGAUGAUGAGGGUCAGGGAGGAGGGGGCAGGGGAGGUGGAGUAGAAGGAGGCGGUUCGAUGGCGGGGAGGAGGGCGGUGUUCAGGGACGAGCGGCCGGCGGAGUGUUUCGGGGAGGGGGUGUUGGAGGAGACGAUGGUGCAGUGGAGGGAGGCGGUGGGGAGGUGGGCGGUUCCGGGGUCUGGCGACGGAGAUGGCGGUGCCGAUGAAGCAAAGGGAGGAGAAGAAGGCGCUCGAAAGAAGGAGAGAGGAAAGGGAUAUGUCUCACUGCGCCCAGAAGCGUGGCGGUACUGGGUGCAGAUACGCGGCCUGGCGCUGGACCCGGAGCUGCCAGACCUGCGCAUCGACUACGAGAAGCGCGAAAUCUCGUUCGACUGGCGGCGCAUGCUGGACGAGCUGUUCGGAGAGGAGGCGUACGCUCGUCGCCUCAUGGAGACACAAGACGAGGAGGUCGAGACAAGCAGGGAAUUGGAGGAUGAUGCAGGAAGAAAGCCAUUCUCCGGUGAUGAUGGAACGCAUAUCCCUAAAGAGGGAAUGAUAUGUGACGGCGACUCAGACGGUUGCACGCUACGACGGGACGCGGAGGAGCCUGAGACAAGAGCUUAUCUCGCCGCACGACGCCAAAGGAUCGAGAAGUGGUACAAGAAACGCCAUGGCCGAGGCGAUUGGUCCACGUCAGAAGCUGCUGCUGCCCUACCGAGCGAGGAUGCGGACGGGUCUGACCGGGUCGUCGAGAUGCUGAGGCUGCGCGAGGAUCUCGCCAAAGACGUGUCGUUAUGCGACAACGCCAAAGAGAUACGGAUGGUUUACCGCUGGAAUACCGAGCAUGAUAGCAUCCGUCUCUGA